UCGACGCGCUACUGUAUCUCUUGUAACCCUGCGGUACACGUGCGUGCGCCAGGUCGUCGCUGCGGUAGCAUGGACGCUUUGGAUCGAGUUGUAAAGCCCAAAACAAAAAGAGCCAAGAGAUUCCUUGAGAAAAGAGAACCGAAACUCAGUGAAAAUAUUAAAAAUGCUAUGCUGAUUAAAGGGGGCAAUGCAAGUUCAACAGUGACACAAGUACUUAGAGAUGUGUAUGCACUGAAGAAACCAUAUGGAGUUCUGUAUAAAAAGAAAAAUAUUACAAGACCAUUUGAGGAUCAGACAUCAUUGGAAUUUUUUUCAAAGAAGUCAGAUUGUUCUUUAUUCAUGUUUGGCUCCCAUAAUAAGAAGCGGCCAAAUAAUCUAGUAAUAGGUCGUUUGUAUGACUACCAUGUGCUGGAUAUGAUCGAACUAGGUAUCGAGAAGUUUGUCUCCCUUAAAGAUAUUAAGAAUAGUAAAUGUCCGGAGGGAACAAAACCCAUGUUAAUAUUCGCAGGUGAUGAUUUUGAUGUAACAGAAGACUACAGAAGGCUAAAAAGCCUUUUUAUUGAUUUCUUCAGAGGCCCCACAGUAUCAAACGUCCGCCUGGCUGGUUUAGAGUAUGUUCUGCACUUCACUGCACUGAAUGGGAAGAUUUACUUUCGAAGCUAUAAGUUGCUGUUGAAGAAAUCUGGCUGCAGAACACCUCGGAUUGAAUUGGAAGAGAUGGGACCCUCAUUGGAUCUGGUUCUGAGGAGGACACACCUAGCAUCAGAUGACCUUUAUAAGUUAUCUAUGAAAAUGCCCAAAGCCCUCAAGCCAAAGAAGAAGAAAAAUGUCUCUCAUGAUACUUUUGGUACAACUUAUGGAAGAAUUCAUAUGCAGAAGCAAGACCUAAGCAAACUACAAACCAGGAAAAUGAAGGGGUUGAAGAAGCGACCUGCAGAAAGGAAAGCAGAAGACCAGGAGAAAAAAUCAAAGAGAAUUAAAAAGGAUUGAUGGAAUAUAGCCAAUAACUGCAUUUUUAUUGUAGUCUUUACUUAGAAUUAUCAAGCAUCAAUUAUUUCAGAGUUUCUUGUAAGGUUUUAUUGUAUAUUUUUAUAACUUGAUAAUUUACCUAAAUUAUAUAUUAUAUACAUUGUGAACAGUAACAUACUAGUAUUAGGUUGAAAGUUAGGCUCUUACUGGAGACAUUACACCCUGGUAUGCCGUUUUCUCUCUGUGAUGUGACAUUUCCCUCUGCCUACCCCCUACAAAGUCUCCUAUCUCAUUGGGUGGGUGAGUGAGGAGGGAUCUCCAGAACAAUCAUUGGUAUUUUAGAGAAUUUUGGGUUAAGCUUUAGAUAAAGGGAGGAAGUUAUGGAAAGUAGAAAUGGUCCAAAGUAACUGUGUACGUGCUCAGCAUGAGCUACCUGGAAAGUUGACCCCAUCUCCCAGCAUAUACAUACAACCUGACUUUUAUUUUUUUACUUUCCUGUUGUUUUACCUGAAAUUCUACCAGUUAGAGAUUAAUUUUGAGAUUUUAAGCUCUGUGUCUUAAAACAGAUCUCUGAGAUGUCCACUACCUGAUCAUUGACAUGCUACCUUACUAUUGAUUAUUUUAAGAGAUUCUGCUACUAAAUGGAGCCCUAUUCCUCUUCUUUGGGAGAAAGGAAGUUUUGAUAAGGGUUGAAGUGAGAAAGGAGAGAUUAGAUAAGUUAAGACACACGACAUUUUAGGGUAUUGGGUAGCUGUAGGUAGCUAAAGGUCACAUGAAGGCCCUGGGUGUUUGCAUACAGAGUAGGAGUAAGCCAAAGCCAAACAGCUUAUUUUGAAAUUUUCUUGAAGACUGGCCCUGUGCCUAGGAAAAUGGGGGAAAGCUUUCUGCUUCCUACUCCUAGUACUGCAAACUUGUUUUCCCUAAAUGUACAAUUUAGUUUCCUUGACAGUCCCUGGCAAAGAGGCUCCUUUAUACAAGCACAAGCCAAUUAUGCUGUAAAAGUACAAACAUACAUAAACCAUGAUGUGUUAUGUAAAGUAGAAAUGCUUUUGUUUUCAAUUCCAUGUCAAGGAACUCCUCCAUGUCUAUGUGUGCAUGCAUUUAUGUGAGUUUACUAAAAGCUAGAACCUCAAUUUUACUUUUUUUAUCCUUUCCCUUCUCUUGUAAACCCAUUCCUUAGCCUUCCUUCUCCCCAGCCCUUUCCUGGCUAAUAGUCUCUUAAAAAGGAGGGAGCUGGUAUCACUCAUUUACACUUGUUACUUGAUUAUACAUUUAACCAAAGACUACACGGUUUUAGAUCGGAAGUAGGCAUUUGCAUUAUAUGUCUAAAUGGGGAGAGAGGGCUAAAUUAAAAUGAUUCAUAUCCUGCUAUCUGCAAGUAGAUGGACAAUGGACAAUAGUUGGGGAGAAGGGGCGUCAUGAAAGGGGCAUCAGAAAUGAUGGAUGCAGGACUUCUCUGGUGGCGCAAUGGUUAAGAAUCCACCUGCCAAUGCAGGGGACACGGGUUCGAGCCCUGGUCUGGGAAGAUCCCACAUGCCGCGGAGCAACUAAGCCCAUGCGCCACAACUACUGAGCCUGCUCUCUAGAGCGCGUGAGCCACAAGUACUGAAGCCCACGCACCUUGAGCCUGUGCUCCGCAACAGGAGAAGCCACUGCAACGAGAAGCCCACACAGUGCAACGAAGAGUAGUCCCCACUCGCCACAGGUAGAGAAAGCCCAUGCGCAGCAACAAAGAUCCAACGCAGACAAAAAAAAAAGAAAUGAUGGAUGUACAGCCCUUACCCAAUGUGUGACCCCUGGCUGGUCCAGCUAACAAUAAUGAAGGUAGGCAGAUUCAGGAGGCAGAGCCAUGGGUCCUUUUCACCAGCCACUUACAGGAAGGACCCUGCCACACUGUAUGGCUGUUAGCAUAACUGAUGCCAUCUUGGGCCUGUUCAGUUCCUCCCGUCCUUCAACUGACCCUACCUAGGGCUGUACUGUGUAGUAAAUCUCUGUUGUCAGGGGCUUUGUAGUUAAUAGAUGUUGUUUAAUGACCAUUAGGUCCAGGUGGCCCCUGUGCUGUUAGUCUCCAAACAAUAAUGAAGAGCUUCGCUGACGUAUUCCCGGCGCCCAUGAGACUAGUUACCCGUUCAUAAAUCUGGACUUUGGAAUUCACUUCCUGUUUCCAAGCACGUACCCGCCUACCCUAGGUUAACUAUAAAAUUCUCCCAGUGGCAGUUAUGAAUGCUUCUGGAUGUCAUCCACCCUAUCCCACCCUGUGAGUAAACUACCUUAUAAUAAGCUGAUCCACUGAUUAUAUGGAGUGGCCUGCCUCAUUUUUCGGUUUCAAGAUACUGUCUCAGUUUGGUGGGCAUCUUUCGUUCCCUUUGUAUUUUUCCUAUUUUUUAAGAUGCUAAUACUAAUACCAAGCUGUAUAUGAUUUCAUGAAAUCUGAUUCCUUUUAAUAACAAAUGCUGCUAUUUGUUUUCUUGGUAUUGAACAUAAUCCAA